AGGGCGAUGCAGUGAAACGCGUGCACUGCACUGGUAGUCAAAUAUGAAGCAGUCCACCCCACCCGUGUAUUUGUAGUUUAUCAGUAUUGUGUCGUUGCUUUUUUUCUUUUAACAAUGAAGCAUUGAACUUACGCUGCUGGCCUGAUAAACGCAAGGACAAAAUGCUGUUAAAAUAGCUAACGUUACAAUGCAAUGCAACGGUUUGUUACGCUUCGUUGAUUGAUUUUGCCAUCACAUGUAAUACAGUUAAAGCAAGGAUGUCAGAUACGUGCCCGGGGUCUGCAGGAGCCAUAAAAGCAAUAGACAAGCAGUCUGUACAUCAGAUCUGUUCAGGGCAGGUGGUGCUGAGUCUGGCCACAGCUGUGAAGGAACUGGUGGAGAACAGUAUUGAUGCUGGUGCCACUAAUGUCGAUGUCAAGCUAAAAGACAGCGGAACAGAGCUGGUGGAGGUAUCUGACAAUGGCAAAGGUGUUGAGGAGCAAUAUUUUGAGGGACUUACUUUGAAACAUCACACCUCCAAACUAAGAGACUUUUCUGACUUGAUUCAUGUGGAAACAUUCGGAUUCCGUGGAGAAGCCCUCAGCUCGCUCUGUGCUCUUAGUGAUCUUAGUGUUGUGACCUGCCACGAGAGUGCUCAGAUCGGAGCUCGAAUGGUGUUUGAUCAAGAUGGUCGUCUCACUCAGAACGUGCCCCAUCCACGUCAGCACGGCACGACUGUUACUCUUCAGAAACUCUUUUCCACGCUACCCGUUCGACACAAGGAGUUCCAGCGCAACAUCAAGAAGGAAUAUGCCAAGAUGGUUUUUGUCUUGCAGUCCUACUGCAUCAUUUCCACUGGUGUGCGCAUUACAUGCACCAACCAGAUUGGACAGGGCAAGCGCACCACGAUCCUGUGCACCAGUGGCAGUAACAGCGUGCGAGACAACAUUGGAGCUGUUUUUGGCCCAAAGCAGCUUCAGAGUUUGAUUCCCUUCGUACAAAUAUCUCCUUCUGACGCAAUUAAGGAAGACUACGGUCUCAGUGGGGUCGAUGUCCCAGAAAACCUUUUCACCAUUGAAGGGUUUGUGUCACAAAGCGAUCAUGGUGUUGGUCGAAGUGCUACAGACAGACAGUUCUUUUUUAUUAAUAAACGCCCCUGUGAUCCUGUAAAGGUCUCCAAACUCGUGAAUGAAGUUUAUCACAUGUACAAUCGCCACCAGUACCCAUUUGUUGCUCUAAACAUUUCUGUUGCUUCAGACUGUGUUGAUGUGAAUGUCACUCCAGACAAACGUCAGAUCCUUCUACAAGAGGAAAACCUCUUACUGGCCACUCUGAAAUGUUCACUCAUUGCUAUGUAUGAGACUGGGAUCAAUAAAAUCAGUUUCAAUCACAUACCCACACCAAUUACCAGUCUGUGCAGAACGCCAAAAACUAGUGCCAUUUCAGAAGAUCAAGACACAGAUUCUGUCGCUGAAGCAAUUCAAGAUGAUGUCUCCGAGUCAUCUACCGGCAGCCGAAAGACCUCCAUCAAUUUAGCUGGACUAAAAGAAGCAUUUUCAAACCAUCAGGCUCCCGGAGUAAGGUCAAUGCAGUCUAGUCAUAAAGCUGCUUGUGGUGGUCCAUCUCAGAAGAUGAUGUAUUCCUUUGUCAGCUGCUCCAAAACAACGCCUGACGUUAUAAGAAAGCCUUUGACAUCGUUUACAACUUCUGUAUCAUCUGUGAAAAGUUAUACAGUUUGUCUAGAUAGAUUUAAAAGCACCUUUAAUAGUGAUACUGAUUCUGGAGUCGCACACCAAAAUUCUACCAAAGAAGAUCCAGAACAUGGACAAGACUAUGUUUUACCAGACUCUGUUGUGGAUGAGAAUGGUGUUAAAACAGAGACGGUGGAUGAAGCUGUAGACACAGAGUUCAGGAGUUAUGAUGGUUUGGUGCCAGAGACAAAGUCAGAACAUGAGGACAGAAUCUUUAGUCCAGAAACAAAAAGAGCAAGACGUGACUCCCAAAUCAAAACGGAUUCUCUGGAAUUGUUGGAUUCACCUGUUAGCAUACAGAAGAAAACAGUGCAUUUACAGUUUUCUCUUCAGGAACUUUCUAAAAGGAUACAGAGGUUACAGGCACAGCAGAGAGAGGACAGCGAUAAAGAGCCGAAAUACAGACGGUUCAGGGCAACGAUCAGCCCUGGGGAAAACCAUAGCGCUGAGGAUGAGCUUAAGAAAGAAAUAAGCAAAGAUAUGUUCAAGGAGAUGGAAGUCAUAGGGCAGUUCAACCUGGGGUUUAUUAUCACCAAGCUCAAAUCAGACCUUUUCAUAAUCGACCAGCACGCCACGGAUGAAAAGUACAAAUUUGAGAUGCUGCAACAGAAUACCGUCUUAAAGGGACAGCGUCUUAUAGUUCCGCAAAAUCUUCAUCUCCCUGCCAUCAGUGAAACGGUGCUCAUAGAAAACCUUGAAAUCUUCAGAAAGAAUGGGUUUGAUUUCCUCAUUGAUGAGGAGGCUCAGGUUAUGGAGCGGGUGAAGCUGGUGUCUUUACCAACGAGUAAGAAUUGGACUUUUGGCCCAAGUGACAUUGAGGAACUCAUCUUCAUGCUUAGCGACUGUCCCGGAGUCAUGUGUCGUCCUUCACGCGUACGGCAGAUGUUCGCGUCCAGGUCAUGUCGCAAAUCAGUAAUGGUCGGCACUGCCCUAAACACCACUGAAAUGAAGAAACUUGUGGUUCACAUGGGGGAAAUUGAACAGCCUUGGAAUUGUCCUCAUGGAAGACCCACAUUGAGACACCUUGCUAAUCUGGAUAUGAUUUCUGUGGAUUGAAACACUGUUGCUGUUUGUUUGUUUGUGAUUUUAGUGACUCUCAGACUCGUUUUAAUAAAGGAUUAUAUUGAUUUUUUCUUUUAAUAAAGAAACUUUGUAAUAAAUAUUGU